GGUGCGGCGCAAUGAACGGCCCAGCGGCCUGCGUGACCGACCUCCAGCGCGGCGAGUCCGCCCUGUCCGACUGCAACCGCGGCACGCAGACGAGGCAACUGAGCAGCAGCGGCGGCGGCCGCGGGACCGCUCUCCCGAAACGAGCACCGUUGAUGGCGCAGGGAGAGGCCGACACGCCCGGCGGCGGGACGGUGAAGCUCAAGGACCUGGUCCCGGCGGCGACCAACACGGUGAACACGACGUUCAUCGUGCUCGACAAGGCGGCGCCGGCGGCCCGCCCGGCCCACCCGCACCCGCACCCCCACGCCCAGGCCCGCGGCGGCGAGGAGGUGACGUGCCUAGCGCUGGUGGCGGACGACACCGCGGCGGCGCACUUCCUGCUGUGGGGCGGCGAGUGCGGCGCCUUCGAGCCGGGCGAUAUCGUGCGCCUCACGGGCGGCAUCUUCUCGUACCACAGGGGCAACGCGCUUGUGCUGCGGGCGGGCCGUCGCGGGCGCGCGGAGAAGGUGGGCGAGUUCACCAUGCUCUUCGUGGAGACGCCCAACAUGAGCGAGAUCCAGUGGGGGCGCGAUCCCGGCGAUCCCCGGAGGAUGGUACAGGAGGCCGUCGUCUCGCCCUACUCCCAGGUCUUCAAGCCACUGCGAUGAGCUUCCAGUGGCGCGGCAACUCGUGGGCUCGUAGCCUUGCCGUUCUUGUCAGACCGAGAGAUGUUGAUCUCAACCUUGUGUAUGCGUGGGCGCGCGUGCCUGAACUUUUGAAACAUGGAGAAAUACUAUAUAUUUUCUCUGUCUAAAAAACAAGUCAUCAUAGAGGAUAAAUUAAUAAGAAGGUAAAAUGACCAUGUUUGCCCCCA